GGCGGCGCGUGGCAGCAAACGAGGAAGCGGAAGAAGAAGAGGCAACCGGGGAGCUCGCGGGGCAGGCAGCGGGUGGCGUUGCCAGGCGCCCGCCGGCCCGCCGAGGAGUUGCGGGGCGGAGAAGCCGCCCAGGGCGGCUGCCGGGAUCGGUUGCCCUGCCGCCGCCGGUGCCGGAGGAUCCCCAUGCAUCAGGAUGACAGUCAAGCUGGGUGACCACAGCAGCAGCGUUGGAGCCUCCGAGGAAGGCCUGAGGAAGCUGGGCAAGCGAGGAGCCUCCGGCGAGGACGAGGGGUGCCCUGGAGGAGGAGGAGGAGGAGGAGGAGGAUGUGCAGGAGACGGGGCCAAGAAAGGCGAGGAGGAGGGGACCCCUCAAGGAGAGACGAACGGGGGUCCCUCCUCGGGAGUCCCAGCCUCACCCCCGGCCUCGUCCUCCUCGGGACCACCACCACCGGCAGCGCCUGGCCACGACCAGCAUCACUUCCUCCGGUCCAGCGUCCGGCCGCAGAGCAAGAGGCUGAGGAAGGAUCCCCAGGCAUCCUGUGCAGCGGCCAGCAGUGGAACGGGCAGCAGUGGGGGCAGCGCUGCCCCCACGGGAAAAGGAAAAGGUGCAGAUAAUGGUGGGGCGUCAUCUGGCAACUCCUCAGGAAUCCCAUCCAGCACCCCGGCCGGCAAUUCGAAAUCAGGUUCCAGGAACCUGAGCGCAUCAACCGGAGAAAAAGAGGAAGGCAAGAAAGUGAGGCGUCAGUGGGAAUCCUGGAGCACGGAGGAUAAGAACACCUUCUUCGAAGGCCUCUAUGAGCAUGGCAAAGACUUCGAAGCGAUUCAGAACAAUAUUGCCCUGAAGUACAAGAAGAAGAGCAAGCCCGCAAGCAUGGUGAAGAACAAGGAGCAGGUCCGGCACUUCUAUUAUCGCACCUGGCACAAGAUUUCCAAAUACAUUGACUUCGAUAAUGUGUUUUCUCAAGGGCUGAAAAAAUCCUCCCUUGAGCUUUAUGGCUUAAUUUGUUAUGGGGAGCUCAGAAAGAAGAUUGGGGGCUGCAUGGAUGACAAAAACGCAGCUAAACUCAAUGAGCUGAUCCAAGCUGGAGCUACAACGGUUCGCUACAAAGGCAGGAACCUUCGUAUCAAGGCCCCCAUGUGCCGGGCUCUGAAGAAGCUCUGCGAUCCAGAUGGUAUAAGUGAUGAGGAAGAUCAGAAGCCUGUGCGUCUUCCCCUGAAGGUCCCUGUGGAACUGCAGCCACGGAACAACCACGCAUGGGCCCGUGUGCAGAGUCUGGCCCAGAACCCACGUCUCAGAAUGAUCGUGGAGCUGCACCGGAAGGUAUCCAGCCUCAUUGAAUUCCUGAAACAGAAAUGGGCUCUCCACGAAGUGCGUAUCAGGAAAACGCUCGCCGAGAGGCAGCUGCAGGAUUGCAGAGAUGCUGAAACCACCAGCAGCUAUUCCGAAGAGAAAACAACGCUUCACCUCUUCCCGGGGGAGAACUGCACGCUGGCGCCCCUGCCCGAGGUUGCCCGCGUGGUGCACUCCAAAGCCUUCUGCACCGUGCAUUGGCAGGAAUCGGGGCGCUGCAAGCAGAGUACGAAGGACGUCCACCUGUUGCCCCCCGCCCAAAUCCUCGGCAUACAGAGCGGUCAGGGGACAGCCAGAGGGCAGGUGAAAUACUCGCGGGGGGCAGAAAAUAAGGGCGGAGCCAAGCCCGAAACCGCCGCGGAAGUGAUCAAAGCUCCCCAGUUGAUCCCUGACCCCGUCCCGAACCCGGACGAUGGCUCCCGCGAAGCUGGGCUCGCCGAAGGAGCCUCCUCGGAGCCCAGUGUCGCCAGCCAGCUCCCCAAACCGCCCACUGAGCUUCAGGACCCGAGUGGAAGCCUGGAGAAGCCCAUCCCAGUGGCCGAGAGCAGAGAGGCGGUGCCUGCCGUUGCCUCGCCUGCCGAGGUAGACGCCGGCCGCGCCAAGUGCAGCUGUGUUGAUCUUCCGCCGGAUUUGGAAGAGCUCUCCCUGCUCGAUCCCUUUCCCCGUUACAUGAAGUCCUGCCACGACCUGAUUGUCCCCGAGAAGUGUCUCUGUGUGGAGAAGCUGGAUCGAAAAGAGGGGGUUGCCUUGCCGGAAAGUUCUCCUCCCGGGGGGGUUUUCCCUGGCGGCACGGAGACCAGCAGCCGCAGCCCCACGCAGCCGGCGAGCGGCAGGGCAGACAUGCCCAGGGUCGGCCAUCCAUCCGCUUCUGAAACUCAGGCCUUCCGCUGCUCCGGACUUCAAGCGGAACCCUGCGCGAAGGAGCUCCAUGACGUCGUAAUGGAGGAUUCUCAGGAGAAGAUCAACACCUCAUUGCCGCCACUGCCGCCACCGCCUCCUCCACCACCACCACCUCAGGGACAGGCGGUCUCAAAGUCCCCCAAGGACGACCCCAGCCGCCUCGCGCAGCAAGUGCGGGAGAAGGGAUGGAGUCUGCGGACCUCUGAAAGCCUUACCUUGGCUGAAGUCUACCUCAUGAUGGGCAAGCCAAACAAAUUGCAGCUAGAAUACGACUGGCUGGCAGUCUUGGGGCAGGAAACCCAGGAUGCCGGGGAGCCGGUCACCGAACCGAAAUCUGUUCCUCCCUCAGCCGCUUUUCAUAAACAGAAACUCCUCAAUUGCCUCUUGAAGCUCAUUUCUUCUGAAGUUAACCCCAAACCGAUCCCUGAAAUGAAUUCCGUUGCAACCUCCCCCAUCAAGCCUAUUCAAGAGGAGCAUGCUUUGACACCUCCCGGGAAGGUGAUUGCCAUUAGCACCAGGAGUCCGGGCUGUGCUCGCAAUCAACCUGCGCUUCAUAAGAAGACCUUUUCCCCCAGUGCCACUCCCAACUCCUCAGGUUUCCAAAAUCCUUCUAAGCCCCUCUUGGUGGCUAGUUGUUCUUCAAGUUCCAGCAACCCUGAUGCCGACGGCGGCCUCUUUGCCAUCCCCACCACCCUCCCACCGAACAGCCGGCAUGGGAAGCUUUUCUUGCAAAACAAGGAAACAGACCUGAGCUUCCGCCAGUGCUUGGAUACUAUCAGUAUGCAAUCGGAUUUUUUCUUGCCAAAGCCAAGAAAACUACGCAGCAGACACCUGCGGAAGCCGCUGGUUGUUCAGAGGACUCUGCUUCCUAGACCUUCCGAAAACCCUUCCCAGCAUGUCUGUUCCUUUUCCAUCUUAUCAAACUCCUCCAUAACAGGAAGGGGAUCUUUUCGGCCAAUCCAGUCUUCGCUGACUAAAGCUGCCGUGUCACGCCCCAUUGUUCCCAAAAUCCUUCCAGCUCAAGCCACCAAUCGCCUGUCUAGCGCGAUUGAUUUGGCGGCUAAAUCAGCCGGCAUUAUCCCCGGCAGUCCGUUGCCACUUCUGGGGACCGAAGGCUUGCCAGGCGUUUCCCCGCUCUCACCAGAGGCAGUAACCACCGUGGUUGGAAGUCAAGACUCCACAGUGGCACAUCAGAAUGGAAGUUCCAUAGCAACAGUGGCGGGUUCAAGACAUGAAUGUCGGGUUCCUUUCCUUGGUCUACCAUCCCAGCCUGAGGAGGAAGCCAUUCCUGACGGCUUCCAGGGAACGCCGGUCCUCUCUCUGCCAGAGCUGCCUAAAACAUCUCUCCAGAAUGGUCUUUCUUCCUCUCCGCUUCCCUCUUCUGAGACAUCCGGUACCCGUCUGUCUCCCCCCAAUGUCUCUGCUCUCCUUGACAUCUCUCUCCCUGGACCCCCCGAGGAUGUUUUGUCUCAGGGAGAACCGGCUACUCAAAUCAGUGACUCCAUCAUUGAAAUAGCCAUUAGCUCUGGCCAAUACGGUGAGAACGUUUCCCUGUCCCCAGCCAAGCUGAACGGUAGCGAUAAUUCCAAAAGUCUUCCGUCCCCGUCCUGCAGCCCCCAGCAGAGUUGGAUCGCUUCGCCCAGCCAUGAUCCACAGUGGUAUCCCAACGACUCCACCGACUCCUCGCUCAGCAGCUUAUUUUCCAGUUUCCUUUCUCCGGAGAAGGGCAGGAAAAUGCUGCCCACCUCAGUGGGCAACCCAAGCAGCACCUCCUUGUUGGGACCCAGUCUGCUGGAUGGGAAUUCACGGGAUUCUUUUGUCUCUCGGUCCAUGGCUGAUGUCGCUGAGGUGGUAGAUUCCCAGUUGGCCUGCAUGAUGAAUGAGAACAGCAUUGACUACAUAUCUCGGUUCAACGACCUGGCCCAGGAGCUCUCGAUCCCCGAGCCGAGCCGCCGAGAGAUUCUCUUUGACGGAGGGAGUGGCGGCCCCCCUAUUGGCGACCUCUCUCAAUGAACACAUCCCACCAGCGGGCUGGUGGGUGCCGGUGAAUUGGCCAUAACGUGGAGGAAUGACGUCAUAGCUAUGCAGCGGAUUGGGGGGUUUAAUUUUUUUUUAAAAAAAAAAAUUUCAUUGUCCUGGCGGGAGCACGCCUGAGAAGAAGAGAGAGGUUUUCUCUUCAACCUUCUACGGUUCUUGGAAACUGCAAUAGGCUGGGAACAAGACAGUGUGGAGCAGUAUUAUAGGAAGUGACAUGUGUAAAGUUUUAAAGCAAAGUUUACAAGGCAGCUCCAGGUUUUAAGGCCUGAGCAAGAAGUCCCACAAAACUACAUCCUUUAGAUGUUGUCGGGGUAUCCACAAAUAAGCUGAAAUUUGGGGGGGGGGGGUAAAUGGUGGUGUGUUUUUAUUAAAUUUUCCUUUUUUAGAACUUCCUCUCCUGGUCUGUCAUCGUGGUCUUGUUGGCAAGUCAGUUGAGAGCUGGUAUUCCUGGCACUUUUCUUGUCACAGCAGCAGCUGAAUUCCACAAGGCUUUUAACAGAAUUCUUUCACCCUUUCUUUAUAUUCAUUAACAUUCCAACAGGACACAAGGAGGAAAAAAAACACUGUUCCUGUUCCACCUUUAAAAACGCAAAACAUAAUCACCUAAUCGGUAGUAACACCGGUUGAAUCCCACCCUGAGUCCACACAUCUUAAACAGAAGACUCCUCGGGGGUCUUCUAGAUAUGUUCUAGAUAUGUUCAAAGUCAAAUUCCUUUGAGAUGAGCACAAUCAUUGGUGACAGCCACGGAAAUGUCCUUGUAGUCUCUUUGGCAACAGUACAAGUGGUUUCCCUUGUCUUUUUUUUGUGGGGGGGUGGGGUGAAUUUCUGACUUCCCAGUCAAGUCUGCAGCUCGGGGGGUUCCUGGAAGUUAUCAGGCGAGAGGCCUCUUAGCAAAAUCAGGGCCAUAGACUAGACAGGGAUGUCAGGACGCUUCCCAAAGAAGAUCAUGAUAAUGCCCUUCCAUUUUGUUGCCUCCCCAGAAAUCGUGUUUAUAUCUCUUUAAAUAUCAGGAGUCAAGCUUGACACUUUGCCUUUUUUUAAAGAGCCCCUUUGAUUCUUGGUUGCUAGCAUUUUGGAGAGCAAUUCUCUUACAAACAUUUCCAGUUGCAGUUGAGAAAUGUUUUGAUCACGUCCUGCAAGAUGAAAGAAAUGGGUAAAAUUCCCUACUUCUUGUAGGUCCUUAAGGCAAAUAGCAGUUUUACACCGGGGUCUCUCUCUCCCAUCUGUGGUCAUAAAAUGCCCUUCUGGAGGUCUGCAGUUGUUGGCGUCUUAGCCUUCAGAGCUUGAAGAGCAGGCAGCCAUCGCUUUAUUUUUGCGGCCAUCAAAGAACCAUCUAAUCCCUCUUCUUUACGGAUUAUUCCACACUAUACAGUCCCUUUAGUUGUUCGUCUCCCACAAGCGAGCAUUUCUAAACAUCAUUCCCUUAGGAAACGCUAUUUACCUGCAAGCAGCCGCUCUUUGCAAACCUCUCCUGUGGGGUGUCUCAUUUUUCUUCAGACGUUUGACAGGCAACGUGACUUCGGACCUGGUCCACAAGGUCUCGGUUGCUUUUGCCCAAACGGAUGUCGAAGGGACCAAAAAUUGGUGCUGAUCAGGAGAGGCGACUCUGUCCAUGGGAUUUAUCCCUAACCCUCUUUUAGCGUCUCUCCCAAGUUUCUUCCCUCUGCCUUUGCCACAGAACUGGAUGGCCUCUCCUAACUUCCGUGGUGUUUGUGACUGAGUCCACCCAACCUCCAUUAAAUUAUAAGCUAAUAAGCUGAAUGGAA